CACAAAAAUUGGUGAUAACCUUUUCAGUAUUAGCAUGCGCACUGACGUUGGUCUCUAUGUCUGAUGCAGUCGUAGGUGGUCACCUAGCUCACGAUGAAUGCAGUCUUACAAGAUACCCCAAUCUAUGUGCUGAAACCUUGAUGGAAUUGGGUUCAGGGAAUCAUAAUGUUGAUAAUGUUGUGGCUCUUGUUAACAAAACCAUAUUUGAAACCAACUUGCCAAGUUCAUAUUUUGCAGAAUUCAGGACUGAGGAUGCUCAUCUAGCCCAUUCUGUUGUUGCAGACUACUGUGAAGAGCUAAUGAGCAUGUCACUGAAAAGGCUGGACCAAUCCCUUAGAGCACUAACAUCGUCCCCUAGAAGAAACUACCAUGACAUCCAAACAUGGCUAAGUGCUUCUCUAACCUUCCAACAAUCAUGCAAAGACCAUGUACAUGCACACACCACAGUCUUCUCAGCAGAUAACCUUUUGCAAAAGAUGUUCAACAAAAUGGACUAUCUUUCUCAACUGGGAAGCAACUCAUUGGCUCUUGUAAACAUGAUGAGCACAACAUCAAACCACAAACUUAAUGAAAAGGAGCAAGAAUUUCCUCAUUGGGUAUCAACUAAAGGACGAAAACUGCUUCAAGGAGGCACCAUAAAAGCAAAUGCAGUAGUAGCACAAGAUGGCUCAGGAAACUACAAAACGGUUUCUGAGGCCAUUGAGGCUGCUUCAGGAGCAAGGUUUGUGAUUUAUGUUAAGAAAGGGGUUUAUAAGGAGAAGAUUCGCACCAACAAGGAUGGUAUCACGUUGAUUGGAGAUGGAAAAUACUCUACUCUUAUUGUUGGCGAUGACAGCGUUGCCAAGGGUGCCAGCAUGCCUGACACCGCCACAUUUACAAUCACAGGCGAUGGGUUCUUCGCACGAGACAUUGGAUUCCAAAACAACGCAGGUCCCGAGGGCCAACAAGCCAUAGCACUAAACAUAGUUUCCGAUCAUUCUGUCCUCUACAGAUGCAGCAUAGCAGUUUUCUUGUUCUUCUUGAUGGCUGGUGGUCGUGGCGCCGGUUCUUCCGCCCCUGUUAGGGGCAAGGCACGUGGUAAAGCGGUGGUUACCGGAAGGGGCGCUGCUGAGGGAAAAGAGAUGCCUCCGCCCAGGGACUCGGAGUCAGGCGUUCUUGGCUAUAAUUGGGUAAAACGUGAAAUGGCCAAGGUCGUGUUGCUGCCGCAUUUGCAAGUAUUUUUCCGGGUUACCUUUGUUGAUGUCGACCCUUUGGAGGACGGGGGGUUCUAUUUUGGCGGGCUGCCGAGGUUCCCCUUCUAUUGGUGCCCUGACCCGUCUGGGUUUCAUGGGGUGGACCAGUUGCAGUUGACGCCUUCAGAGGCGGCCAUCGUCGAGGCUUUGAAGGCGCUUCCUCGCCCGCUAGACUGCAAGCUCAUCAUGUUGCUCGAGCGUUCGGCGCACAGGGAAAAGGGUUUGGAGGGUAUUGUGGGAAAGGACUUGUGGCGCGAUUUGAAGCAACGCUAUAAUGUCGUUGAGCUUGAGGCUCCUAGGACCUAG